GGGGCUUUCCGCCUGGCCACUUCCUCAAUGACUUUUCUUGUGUGCUGUCAGUCACUCACAUCAAGCCAGAAGCCUGUGACAAGUCAAACGUGAUUGCUUGUGCGCCAUGGAUGUUCUUUUGCCUUCCAUCCUUGGGGACGAUCAAGACAUGGUGGCCGUGCCAGAGAUCCGAAUCUUCGAGCAGCCCCGGCCGAGAGGAAUGCGUUUUCGUUACAAGUGUGAGGGUCGUUCAGCCGGCAGCAUCCCUGGGGAGAACAGUACAGACAACAAUAGAACCUACCCCAGUCUGCAGAUUCUGAACUACUGUGGCAAAGGGAAAGUGUAUGUUUACUUGGUGACGAAGAACGAGCCAUACAGGCCACAUCCGCAUGACCUGGUGGGCAAGGACUGCAAAGAUGGCUUCUACGAGGCCGAGUUCGGGCCGGAUCGCAAAGUGAUCGCUUUCCAGAAUCUGGGCAUUCGGUGUGUGAAGAAGAAGGAGGUGAAAGACGCCAUUAUACAGAGGAUUAGCAGAGGAGUCAACCCCUUCAAUGUGCCGCGAGAGCAGCUGCUGCAGACAGAAGAAUAUGACCUCAACGUGGUCCGCUUGUGCAUACAGGUCUUCCUGCAGGAUGAGACCAGCCACUGCACCCAAGCGCUAAACCCCGUCGUCAGUAACCCCAUCUAUGACAACAGGGCCCCAAACACAGCAGAGCUGAGGAUCUGUCGAGUCAACAGCAACAGUGGCUCCGUUAAGGGAGGAGAUGAGAUCUUCCUGCUUUGUGAUAAAGUUCAAAAAGAUGACAUCGAAGUCCGAUUUUUCUCUUCUGACGGCUGGGAGGCCAAAGGCUCAUUCUCCCAAGCUGACGUCCAUCGCCAAGUGGCCAUCGUAUUUAAGACGCCACCUUUCUAUAACACGUCUAUAGCAGAGUCCGUCACUGUACACAUGCAGCUGCGCCGACCGUCUGAUCAGGAGGUCAGCGAACCGCUGGAUUUCCGAUAUCUUCCCGAUGACAAAGACCCGUACGGAUAUAACAGGAAAAAGCGCAGUAGAGAGAACUUAAUGAAGAUGUCGGGACUGUCAGCUGUUCCAUUUUCUGGUCUGGCUAUGAGCAGGCAAAAGGCAGUGCCACCAACCACCAGAAAUCACAUGCAGAAAGACAUUUACCUGAGGCAGCCUACUCCGUCAUUGCAGCAGCAACCGGCGGCGUUCAACCAACCAUACCGAGCGAAUGUUCCAGUCAGCCAUGCCUGGACAAAUCCCAAUCCGGUACUCGCAAUGGAUACCGUCACCGUCAAUCCUUCUAAUGCCAUGACCAACUUGUCCCAUCUCAAAUACAACCGACCACAGCAUCAAAACUCUGGCUCUGGAUUCUCUUGUGAAAGCAAUUUGUUACCUCAGCUCUCCAUGAGGGACUUGCAGUGCUUGGAGACAGUUCCUCAAACUUCUGAGAUGAGCCAGCCUGAGUCCCACCCACUUUUCUACUUGCAUCCCCAGAGGGAUGGACGGGCUUCUGAUAACCGGGGCCAGAACCACCAAAGGAGCCAGAACCCGGGGUCCCAAUCUAUGUGGAACAAUUUUAGUAGCGCCAGCCCAAGUCAGAAGACCUUUGAAUGCGCCGUACCUGCUGGAGAAGUGGGAGCUCUGGGGCUAGGAUCUUUCCCACUCUUGGAGGGGAUGGAAAGUGAUGGCUUUUUGAAGGGCCAAGUAGGAGGGUCUCAAACUGAAUUCCAGCUGAAGCAAGAGCCCCAGAUUCCAGUGGGACAAGAGUCCAACUUGCCUGUCAUGACGUUCCCUGGAGAGAGCCAGGGAAACACCUACACCAACCUGCUUCCUCGUCCUUUGAGCAAUGGCAUGAAUGUUUCAAGGCAAGAUGGUGGUGGAAAAAGCCACCCUUGUAACCCAAGUGUUAAAAGUCCUUACUCCAGUAACCACAUUCCUUCUGAGAGUCACUUUGCAACUUUAACAGACUGGUUACGAGUUGAGACGGUCAUUCCUUGUCGUCAAAACAGCAACUUCAAGGAAUGACAUAAAGAGAAGAAGAGCUGAUCCUAAGGAAUGUAUGUCACGUCUCAUUCAGCGUUCUAUCGCCUAGAAGACAGACAUGUCUCAUUGUUCUGGUCCUAGUCUGCUACAGGAAGUGGACUUUUGCUUUGACUUGACUGGAUUCAAUCCGUCAGAGAACCAGAUUAAGGCUGGAUUUACACUCCGGGUUAAAGUUACCAAUUCCAGUUUAGUGGAUCAUUGUUUUGAUCUACAGUCGGUGUGAUGUUUUCUGAUGACAAGCUUGCAAUAACAAGUUAUAUUCAGUCUUUGCGCGAACACUGCAGGUUAUAUCAGAUCUAUUCAGGCUAUUCCACCAAAUCAGUGCCGUUUGCUUGUUGUAACUCUCUCAAAAAUAAACGUACAUUUAUGUCUUUUUCCAACUCUAAAUCAGUUAGAACGCGUAUUCAGGAAGCUUUCCUUUUAUUUUUGUGUAAGUUUACGAAGCCCAAAUGACUCCUUUUUAGUAAGUGGACUCAAAGUUUUUAGGAUAGAAUUAGCAAAAUCAGUGUUCCCUUGUUUAUUGCGGGGGCCACUUUGCAGAACCCCCUGUGGUAAAUGAAUUUUUGCACAGUAGGGGCUCUAUUUAUUGUACGAUUUAUAUGAAAAAAAUACGCAUUUAACAUUUUUAUAAACCCACGUUUUUCACACACACUUAUAAUCACUUCCUAUGUUCUUAAAACACUUCAUACACUCUAAAACUGAUGUCAUUUUAACAUGAAUACUUCAAUGGGUACUCAAACCUUUAAAAUCGUCAUUAAGUGAACCGCCAAGUGGCAAGGUAACACUGUACAUAUAAUAAAGUUUCGGUAGCAUUUAUGCUAAUAGCAUGUGGACACUAAGCACAUUGCAGGGAUUCAACAUUUACAACCUCCAAUUUAAUGUUGAAAUAUGGAAUAUACGGAACAAAUAAAUGGGUGAACAGACUUAUGGCCUACAAGAGAUUUGCAGGAUGCAACUUCCUGUGGACCAGGUGACUUGUGAAGUAUUCCACAUUUGCCGAAGCAGGUAAUGUGACCAGACUAAAAUGUAAAUUCUUUUAAAAAAAAAUUUUGUUAAGAAAAUAAACACACCUGUGUAAAAAAUAUAACAUUUCUUAAGGAUUCAAAUUAAUAUAUUUAAUUUUAGGAAGCAAAAAUAUGCUAGUUAUCCAGUGAUCAGAAAUUAAAAAUAGUAUUUAUUAAAUAUGCAAUCAGAUGAGAAGUGCAAGAAACAUUGCUUAAUAAACACUGAUGUCACAGAUUCGGUGGAAUGGCCCAUGUGUUAUUUUAUCCAUAUUUUUGGGCCCUAAUCCAUGUAAAUUCAUCCUAUAGUAUAAUUUCAGAGUUGGGAAGAUAUUCCAAACCCUCUGAUGGCCAUUAUUACCCAAUGAUAAAUUUAAUAAUUGAAGCACCAGAAAACAUCUUAUUAUAUUUAAGGUCAUUUCAGAUUGCGAGUACUCUGUAGGUCUGGUUUUGGUUUUGUUUUUUACUUUAUUAAAGACACCUUGUGGUUCUUUUCUGGGACAUUGUAAUACAAUUAUAUAUUACAAGUCAAGUUUGUGAUGAAGACUUUGGUACCAAAGAUUUGUAUAAAAGUAAGUAAUUGAUACACUGCAUGAAUGUACUUCUUUAUUUGUUUUCAUUUAUGGUUGCAGUGAAUCAGGUGUACAUUUUUUCAUUCAUUCUGGGUUUUAUUUGUGGGAUAAAAGUUGGGGAUUUUGAACUAAGUCGAACCUCCUCACACAUACUACUCUUGUCCCUUUUUAGUUGUAUUGUCAUUUUCUUUUUGUUUUGUUGUACAUACUUUGUUUGUUAUAGUUCACAGCGUGCUCGUGAACUGGCAAGGUACUAAAAUUUCCAUUGAGGAAGUUUGAGGAAGCACACAAGUUGUGACUUUCCCUAGUAAUGACUAUGUCACACCACAGAUAAUCACGUGUGUUAUUUUCUCCUGUUUUGUAAUGUGUUUGAUUGACACACUUGUAAAUAUGUUGUUGUUUCAUUCAUUCAUUCACGUUUCGUAGAUUCGAUAGAAGACACGGCUAAUCAACAAGCACAAGGUCAUCUUUAGCCUAGUUCAUGCGAACGUUAUGUAUGGAAUACAUUUAAGGACAAUUUUGAACUAUUGUUUGUUGGAUGUUUCUGGGGUGUUUGCUGGAGAAUCUUAUUUUAAUAAACAUCGUU